AGAACCACAACCAUGUUCGCGGACUGUUUGGAGUCCCUGGGAAUGACGCUGUGCGUCGCGGGCUCCCUGUUGGUGAUGAUCGCCUGCGGGCUUCCCACGUGGAAAGUGAACGCCUUUAUCGAGGGCAACAUCGUCGUGGCUCAGACCAUAUGGGACGGGCUGUGGAUGUCCUGCGUGGUGCAGAGCACCGGCCACAUGCAGUGCAAGAUCUACGACUCGGUACUGGCCCUGGCGCAGGACCUGCAGACGGCCCGCGCUCUAACGGUCAUCUCCGCCGUGCUGGGGGUCGUGGGGCUGACCGUCACGGUGGCCGGGGCGCAGUGCACCAAUUGCAUCAAGGACGACGCAGUGAAAAGGAGGGUGGUGUACGCCGGAGGGAUCAUCUACAUCUUCUGCGGGCUCUCUGUGCUGGUGCCCAUCUGCUGGAUUGCCAACAACAUCAUCGUGGGCUUCCACGACCCGAUGGUGCCUCCUGCUCAGAAGAAGGAGAUCGGGGCGUCCAUCUACAUCGGCUGGGCCGCCGCAGCGCUGCUGCUGUCCGGCGGGACACUGCUGUGCUGCUCCUGCUCCCAAGGAGUCGGUGGCUCCUUUCCCCUCAAACUGGCUCCCACCAAGAUCAUCACUGUCAACGGGGAGUUUGACAAAAAGCACUAUGUCUAACCCGACUA